AUGAAUCCUAAUCGAGAUACAGCUGAUGAUACUCAAAGUAAUGCGCCUGCUUCCGCGCAAGGGACGACGCCAGUUGAAAGUCGACCCGAGACUCAGGGUCAAGGGGAUGAGGCUAGGGAAGCUUUUCUCUAUAUGAUGAGCAAUUGGUAUACUGAGUUUGUUAAAACUAAUCCUAAUGCUCAACCUCUUUUUCCCCCUCCUGUUCCUCAAGCUGUUCCUAUAGCUCCUCAACAAACUGAAGUGUUAAGAUUGUCAAAGCCUCCAGUGGAAAAAAUUCAAAAGUAUAGAGCCGAAGAGUUCCGAGCUAAUGUAAAUGAUGAUCCUGAAAGAGCAGAGUUCUGGCUUGAAAAUACUAUCAGGGUGUUGGAUGAAUUAUCUUGUACUCUAGAAGAAAGUCUCAAAUGUGUUAUCUCAUUGUUGAGGGAUUCAACUUAUAAUUGGUGGAAAAAUUUAGUGUCAGUGGUGCCUAAAGAGAAAGUUACAUGGGAUUUCUUUCAAGAGAAAUUUCGGAAGAAGUAUGUAAGUCAGCGUUUCAUUGAUCAAAAGAGAAAAGAGUUUCUUGAAUUGAAACAAGGGCGCAUGACGGUAGCCGAAUAUGAACGAGAAUUUGUCAAAUUAAGCAAGUAUGCCCAAGAGUGUGUAUCUAAUGAAGCUACAUUGUACAAGAGGUUUGAAGAUGGAUUAAACGAGGAUAUCCAAUUGUUGGUGGGAAUUCUUGAAAUUAAAGAGUUAGUGGUACUAGUUGAAAGAGCUAUCAAGGUUGAAGAAUUGAGCAAAGAGAAAAGAAAGGUGGAAAGUGAAGCAAUAGAUGCAAGAAAAAGAUCAAUGGGCAAGUCAUUUCAGUCUCAAGCGAAGAAGUCUAGAGAAAUGAAUACUCAAUCGAAUGCUUCUAGUGUGAAUUUUCAAAGAGAUCGAGGAAAACAAUAUUAA